UGUAAUGGCAACAGUUUAGCACUGCGGUAAUGGUUUCGAGCUCCGUCUGGUGGCAGAGAGCACAAUUUGUUUCUACUGGCACGUCUUUAUUGGAUCGUAAACAGAGAGGGAUAACUAGCGAUGGCACUUUCCUACCAAUGCCAGGAUUUCCCCGGUAUAAAUUAAGUCGCGAGGGUCUAGUUAUGAUUUCGCUCAGCAAUUUAAAAUUUCUGUCGCCAUGUCUUUUUUAUCAUUAGGAAAAUAAACUGGAGCAGGUGUUUUGCAUCACACGUAGUCACGUUAUUCAGAAUAUACAUUUCCGGCUUAAAGGCAAAUUAAAAUUUAGAAAAUACAACAUUUGCUCGAGCGUACGUGAACAAAAUGUUAAGAUUCUGUUGGAGCCACGAUGGCGGUCUGUAGUGGCACAGUUGCAUUGAUUUCAAUGGUUUGAUGGUGGAAUCUCUCUUGCGCCGACAAGCUUCCUCUCUGUCAGCCCUUCACUCUAGCGGCGAGUAUGAGGAAUGUCUCCCGCCGCGGCUCUACUACUCUCCGGUUCUAUGUUUGUCAGACUUGAAAUCCGAGGGAGAGGAGCGAGCCGCCAUUUUCCGAACGUCGCUCUCCCAGAAACGGCAAAAAAAAAUAACCCAGAUAAAACGGGAGAAUAUACUACAGUCUGAUUAAGAAUCAGGUUUGGGGGAAAAAGGGAAUAUUAGGAAUAUUAAAACUAUAUCACACUGAUUGGAAAGGACAGUUUUUCGUUUUGUAUAUUUAAACUCUGGUUUCUUGUUCGUUGUUUCGCCCAUUUCGUGAACCCGAGAGCAACACGGGGUUGCAGAAACCAGAAGCUCAUCAGAAACUGGUGCGCGUCUGACGGGGGAUUACCCAUGUAUUAGCUAUUCUCCCUGUUUUUGGGUCAUUUCUUGAUUUUUUUCCUUUUAAAUUGCGGAGAUUUGUUGCUGAAAUUCCCCCGGACUCUGCUCCUCAUCACGUGGCUGUCCUCCUGCGGGGCAGUAGCUGGGUGGUGUGGAGCUGGCCCCUGCGCUCAGGGAGGCCCCCGCGCCCGCCCCUCGGCGCUGCAUGGCUGCGAUGGCGCCCGCUCUUACCGACGCGCCAGCCGAAGCUCACCACCUGCGCUUCAGACUGGCCCCGCCCUCCUCCACCCUCUCCCCGGGCAGCGUGGAGAACAACAGCAACGCCAGCAACAUCCUCCUCUCCGGCAGCGGCGCCGCCAAGCGCGGCAAGGCGCUCGGCAACAAGGCGGAGCCCGAGCUGGCCGAGGCCCCGCCCGCCCACCUGGGCAAGCUGCAGCCGCUGGUGGCGUCCUACCUGUGCUCUGAUGUGACCUCGGUCCCGUCCACCAAGGAGUCGCUCAAGCUGCAAGGUGUGCUCAUCAAGCAGACCGUCCUCAAGACCCACGGCGUCCUGCCGGACUCCUACUUCAACAGCGGCGACUUCCUGCCGCGGAAGGCCCCGGGCGAGCAGCUCAAGGCCGCCAUGAGCGGCGGCCAGCCCGCGGCCCCGCCCACUCCCCCGCCCGCCCUCAACGGCCUGGCCAGGAAGCUGGCCAAGCCCGGCGCGGACAGGGACCGCACCGCCGCGGUCAACGGGGACCGCCCCCCCGCCGGCCGGGCCCCCCAGCCCCAGGCCCCGCCCCCGCGGGGGGACCCGGGCCCCCUGCUGAAGGGAGGGGCGGAGCCCCAGCCGCCGCAGCCCGAGGACGCGUCCCGCAAACCCGCCGACGCGCGGGAGCAGCCCGUCGCCCUGGCGACCUCCUCGGAGUCGGGGGGCCGGGACGCGCAGUGCUCCGCCCUCCCGUCCGCGGUGGACGACGCCCCCGCCCGCUCACCGCUCCCCGGCCUGGACGAGGAGGUGCGGGAGCGCACCGCGGCGCGCCGGGCGCGGCAGUGCGAGAUGGAGGGCCGUCUGCUUCGGCUGCGCAAGCGGCUGCAGGUGGUGCAGGCCAAGCAGGUGGAGCGGCACGUGCAGCAGCAGCUGCGCAGCCUGCUGCAGUCGGCCCUGUGCCCGCCGCGCCCGGCCGGCAGCUUCCUGCGCGGCGGCUCGGUGCCCGGCGAGCUGGACCGCCUGGCGCUGAGCGGCACGGCCGGCCUGCGUGCCGUGGAGGCCGCCUUCGACUCGGACGCCACCGAGAGCAGCUCCGGCGGCGAGUCGGACGUGGAGGAGGACCAGCUGGCCCAGGCCGACCUGGAGAGGAGACACGUCUCGCUAUGGAGGAGGGCGGAGGGCCGCUUCGCGCUGGAGAGAGCCUCCAUCAUCAGCCACUGGAACUGGCUGCAGGCCCACAUCUCCGACCUGGAGUACCGCAUCCGCCAGGAGACCGACAUCUACCGCCAGCUCCGCUCCAACAAGGGUUUGAUAGUGCUGGGAGACUCCGCCCCCUGUGAAGUGUCCUUGGAGGAUGGGACGGAGGUGAAGGCGGAGCCGAUCACCUGUCAUGUGACGCAGGAGCGCGUUGUGGGCGGGGCAGAGUGCGCUGACGCUGACUCUGGCCUGUGGAAAGGCUGGGCUCCUGGAAGACCGGUCAACGGGGUCCUCAACAGCCUGCUCCCCAGCCUGCCUGUCACUGGCUCCCCAGAGAGCUCUGACACCGAGGAGCAGCUCAGCAAGAAGCAGCGGGGCCUGCACCCCUGCUCCUCCUCCUCCUCCUCCUCCGCCCAGGACGCCUCCUGUGUCGCCGCCCGCACCCGCCCCGUCCUCAGCUGCAAGAAACGGCGGCUCGUCAGACCCAACGCCGUCUCCAACCUCAACCGCAAGGCCCAGAGGACGCCCGGGCCUCGCUGCGGCUGUGACGUCAGCCCCUCGUGCCUGAUGUGCGGCGGCCGCGGCGCCCUCACCGGGGACCUGCAGUACGAGCGCCCCCUGCUGGACCGGCUGUCUCAGUCCGACCCCUGCGUUCACCCCAUCCUCUCCUUCGAUGACGAUGUUUCCAUGAUGCUGCACCUCCAGGGGGCGCUGAAGACUCACUGGCAGAACAGACCGCUGGAGAAGUUCAAGCCCCUGAAGAAGCUCUCCCUGAAACACAAGCUCUCCGGCCGCCUCUCCGACCCUUCGUCCCCCUGCUCCUCUUCAUCCAAAGACAAACACAAGCUGUCCAACUCGCUCAUCGCCACCGUCAGGCUCUCUCACCAUAAGAUGCGUCAGGACCGGCUGCAGCACCGGCAGCAGCUGGACAGCCUGCUGAGCGCGUCCAAGCUGUGCAAGGAGCGCGUCCGGGGCCUGGCCUACGGGCCCUACGACCGGGGCCACAGCCGCAAGAGGCCCCGCGACCGCUCGCUGGACAGGGCCGACCCCUCCUCGAAGCUGUUCCCGGACACCUGCAGCCCCUGCUCGUCAAACAGCCUGCACACGCCCACCCACAGCCCCCUGCUGCGGCAGCUGUCCACCUCAUCAGAGAGCUCCGCCCCCUUCGCCCUCAACAGCCAAAGUGCCAUCAGCACCCCGCCCAUUCGAAGGCGCAGAGGCGAGAGCUCCUUCGACAUCAACAACAUCGUCAUCCCCAUGUCCGUGGCGGCCACCACGCGCGUGGAGAAGCUGCAAUACAAAGAGAUCCUGACGCCCAGCUGGCGGGAGGUGAACGUCUGUGCGAGGCCGAUCGCGGAAGAGGACGACGCCGUGGAGGUUGAGGAUCUGUCGGAUGUGGCGUUCUCCCAGCUGCACCAGCUGUGUGAGGACCAGGAGCGUUCCCGCUGGACCUGGACCGCCAGCGCCAUGGCCAAGAGGCGGGGCAGCCGGUCAUACAAGUCUCUGGACGGGCGCACCACCCCCCUGCUGGGCGGGACCAACCCCUCCACGCCCCAGCCGUCGUCCCCGGAUACGGCGCACUUCCACUCGCUGCAGGACUACGGCCCCAUGGGGUCCCCCUGCAGCCCCGCCAGCCCCGACCUGCCCCCCCACCGCCUGCAGCCCAGCGAGGACACGCGCUGCUCCACCCCCGACUGCAGCUACGAGGAGCUGGUUCCCCAGCCGGUUCUGCCGUGGGAGAGCCGGACCUUCCCCCUGGAGUACGACCCGGCGACAGAGCCCCUGGACCCGAGCAGCCUGACCCCGGACCGCCCGGGACGAGCCCCCCGCCGCCUGUCCAUCAGCAAGCCUGAGAACGGCCCCGCCUCCCCAGACCCCGCCCCCGGCCCCGCCCCCUCCACGGACGAGGGCUGGAUGCAGAAGGCCCCCGUGGCCCCCCGAGCGGCCCAGUGGUGAAGCACGUGGACGGACACUUCUCACCACCUUCACAAAAUAAAAACUACGAAAAACAGCAGAGAGAAAAAACCGACAAAAACAAAAAUAUAAUAAGAAAAAAAAAAAGAUUCCUGUUGUUUGAUAUUCAAACAUCAGUAUGUUUUUUUUCACGGUUUUUAGUGAACAUACAGAAUUAUAGAAACCUUGUUUUUAACUUUGUUUUUUUUGUCACAAGAAAACAAACCUAAAAAUGGAAAAAAAUGUAUUUAAAAAAAAAAAAAAAAAUACAACAAAAAAAAAAACAUUAGAUUGAAGGCUAAACAAUGACCAUGGGGCUCUGUGUCUCUCUGUUAUGUUAGCAGCACACUCAUAGCGCACUGUGUGGUGGGGCGUGGCUCACUGGCUGGGAAAGGGGUUUCUACUGAUUAACUGUGUCUUUGACCCCGUGUGUCUUUACAGUGGAGUGACCGUGCAAAACCAAACACAGAAAACGAAGA